CCGACUUCAUCGUGCUUAAUGAGCUAUUAAAUUAUAAAGAUGGGUACUUUAAGAACCAAAGAAGGGCCAAAUUUAACCUUGGCAGCCUAAAGUCCCAGGAAACCGCAAAAUUAUAGCCGAAAAUCCAUAAGGAUAAAAUAUUGCUAAUUCCUCUACUUAGAAAUAGAAAUGCAUCAUGGCGGCUCGAGAGAAAGAAGAUGUUAGGAUAAAAAGAGGACGGAAUGUUAAGACCCAUGAAAAGGGAAAUAAAGCAAUGGCCGAUUAAUCGACUUUGAAGACUUGCUAAAAAUAGAUAGUAUGAAAAUAAGGUCUUCUGAAUUUGUCACCUAACUUUAAUAACCCUAUGUUAUAACCUCUUGGAAAUUUUAUAAUUAAGGUUAUAUAAUUGCCGGAUUACACGGUAUGGCCAAUUCUAAGACUAAUAGCUUCAGGAGAAAAAUUUCAAUCAAUAUUUUAGCAGCAAAUUUAUUAUUCACAAAGACUAUAGAGGAUAUUUCUAUAUUUUUCGAAGUUUUGUUCCUUGUUUUUGAGAGUGGCUAG